UUUCAGUCCGGAAUAGCCAGACUCUGGACUCUCGGGGUUAUCAGGAUACCAAAAGCUGAACCGUUGGUGAAGCUAUGGCGCCUUUCAAAGUAACGUUCUUGGGCCCCGCGGCAUCGUUUUCGCACCAGGCUGCCGUUGAGACAUUCGGACGCUCUUCUGAGCUUAUACCCUGUCUAUCAUUUGCUGAUGCUAUCGCUGCCGUCCAAAGGAGAGACGCUGACUACGCCAUUGUUCCAUUCGAGAAUUCAACAAAUGGUUCGGUUGUACAAACAUUGGAUCUCCUUGUGGAUCGCAAUGGAAGUUAUAAUGAUGUAAAGGUGUGCGGCGAAUAUUAUCUUACAGUACACCACUGCCUCCUAGCUCGAAAGGGUUUCAUUUCGGCAGCACGACGAAACUACAGCUCCAUCACCAAGAUAUACACGCAUCCGCAGGCAUGGGGUCAAUGCGAGAUAUUUCUAGCGAAAUACUUCAAAGGCGUGGAACGGCAGGAUGUGUCGUCCACCUCGAAAGCAAGCGAGACAGUCUUGAAAACAACCUCUGAGGUCAACGCCGCCAUAGCUAGUCGCUUCGCCGGGGAAUAUUACGGCUUAGAUAUAUUGGAGGAAAACAUCGAGGACACGGCUAAUAAUACCACACGCUUUCUGGUGUUGAGGAACGUCUACUCAACGACUACAAUUCAGUUCCAGCCUGAAUUAGCCCGAGAAUUAUCAAAAUCUCCAGCUGUUUUAGAAACGAAGAAGGCGUUGUUCUCCUUCAUGGUCCGCCAAGACACCCUUGGGACCCUGGCAGAUGCCCUGCUGAUUUUCAAGGACCGUGGAUUGAAUCUUACGAGUAUAAACACCCGACCAAGUCAUAUACAAGCCUGGAAAUAUGUCUUUUUGGUGGAAAGCGAGACGGAUCAAAAUCAAGAAGUUCCUGAUAUCAUGGAUAGUCUGAGGAAAGUCACGGAAAAUUGCAAACACCUGGGAACAUGGGCCAACAAACUUGUGUCGACAUGACAAUGGCUCAUUUUGCAUAUUUUACUAUGCCGGCCGUUCCUGUCUGUGAGUGAACUGACUCAGAGGAACAAGGCAAAGAGUUUCAGGCAGCGCAAGCGUGCCACUCAA